GUUCGCUGGCUGGAAUUCAACCACAUCUUUCCGUGCUGCAAAAAACAAAAAAAACAAAAUUCCAGAUUUUCUCCCCCAAGCAAAAAGAUUGGUUUUCUGUAUGUGCUCUGAUAAUCUCCAUGGAUACUCUUUCAAGCUCUGUUUCAACUCUCAAAGUCCCGGUUCUGCACGCAACACCUCGUGAAUUAUAUCACUUCAAAGCUCCCCCCGUAUCUCACCAACUCCAUCAACACCAUUCCCACAUCUCUUCAACAACUAAACCCAACAAAACCACCAGUUCCUUCCCUCACAAGAACCUUACUUUUCCAUUAAUCAGUUCCUCCGGGACCUCCUUCCCCAAGUCAGUAUCUCCUAAUAUCUAUCGAAGACCCGCCAGCGGUUAUGCCGCCGCUCUUCUUGACAAAGCUCUAUGCCACGGUUCACUUGAAGCAGUUCAGAAAGACGUACAAAGAUUAUUAAGGUUGUUCAAGAAUGAGAAAAUUCAAGCUAUCUUAAUUGAACCGCUUAUGGGUGACAAAGAGAAGGGAGAAAUUGUGAAGGAAGUGGUCAAUACAGGGAAGAUUAAUAGAUACUUGGCGGGUGUAUUGAGGAUGCUUAUUGAGAGGAAUAAAGCAGGGAUGGUGAGUGAGGUUUUGGAGGAAUUUGGGAGGAUUUGCAAUGAGUUAAUUGGGACUAGAGUUGUUUUUGUAUCAUCGGUGAAGAAGAUGGAGGAAGAUGAACUGUUUUUGAUUGCUAAGAGAGUGUAGAGGUUUAGUGGGGCUGCAAAGGUGAAGAUAAAGAAUUUGGUUGACCAGAGAGUUCCAUCUUCUGUUGUUUAAAACAAAUGCAACAUAUAAGUUGCUGCAAAAAUUUGUAAUUGAUGUCGUUACUGCUGAAUGAGAAUUUCUGAUAUAGCUAGUUGAAUUUGUA